AUGAUGGGUGGCCGGAUGCGGCCUGGAGCCCCGCUGGACUCGUGGAACCGUGGGACAGAGAAGGAGGUGGCGGCCACAGUCAGCCAGGUCACAGGAACCCGACACUGGCUGCGGUGGAAACACACCUCUUCUCUGAAGGUGGCCAAUGAACCCAUCUUAGCAUUCACACAGGGCAGCCCUGAGCGGGACGCACUGCAGAAGGCUCUGGAGGAUCUGAAGGGCCAGACAGAAGCCAUCCCCUGUGUUGUCGGGGACGAGGAGGUGUGGACGUCUGACGUGCAGUACCAACUGUCGCCCUUUAACCAUGGACACAAGGUGGCCAAGUUCUGUUACGCGGACAAGGCCUUGCUCAACAAAGCCAUCGAAGCUGCCUUGGCUGCCAGGAAAGAAUGGGACCUGAAGCCCGUGGCAGACCGAGCCCAGAUCUUCCUGAAGGCAGCAGAUACGCUGAGCGGUCCACGGAGGGCUGAAAUCCUUGCCAAGACCAUGGUGGGACAGGGCAAGACCGUGAUCCAAGCAGAGAUCGAUGCUGCAGCCGAGCUUAUCGACUUCUUCCGUUUCAACGCUAAGUUCGCCGUGGAACUGGAGGGUGAACAGCCCAUCAGCGUGCCACCCAGCACCAACCGUGUGGUGUACCGGGGGCUGGAGGGCUUUGUGGCUGCCAUCUCGCCCUUCAACUUCACUGCAAUCGGAGGCAACCUGGCAGGUGCACCGGCCUUAAUGGGCAAUGUGGUCCUGUGGAAGCCCAGUGACACUGCCAUGCUGGCUAGUUAUGCUGUCUACCGUAUCCUCCGGGAGGCUGGCUUGCCCCCCAACAUAAUCCAGUUUGUGCCAGCUGAUGGGCCAACAUUCGGGGACACAAUCACGAGCUCAGAGCACCUCUGUGGCAUCAACUUCACAGGCAGUGUGCCCACCUUCAAACACCUGUGGAAACAAGUGGCCCAGAAUCUGGACCGUUUCCGUACCUUCCCACGCCUGGCUGGAGAGUGUGGUGGGAAGAAUUUCCACUUCGUGCACAGCUCGGCGGAUGUGGACAGCGUGGUGAGCGGGACUCUGCGCUCGGCCUUCGAAUACGGUGGUCAGAAGUGCUCAGCCUGCUCACGCCUCUACGUGCCACAGUCGCUGUGGCCACAGAUCAAAGGGCGGCUGCUGGAGGAGCACAGCAGGAUCAAAGUGGGCGACCCUUCAGAGGACUUUGGGACCUUCUUCUCUGCAGUGAUUGAUGCCAAGGCCUUCGCUCGCAUCAAGAAGUGGCUGGAGCAUGCGCGGUCCUCGCCCAGCCUCAGCGUCCUGGCUGGGGGCCAGUGCAACGAGUCGGUGGGUUACUACGUGGAGCCAUGCAUCGUUGAGAGCAAGGACCCACAGGAGCCCAUUAUGAAGGAGGAGAUCUUCGGUCCCGUGCUGACAGUGUAUGUGUACCCUGAUGACAAGUACAGAGAGACGCUGCAGCUGGUCGACAGCACCACCAGCUAUGGCCUCACGGGGGCAGUGUUUGCCCAGGAUAAAGCGAUUGUCCAGGAAGCCACAAGGAUGCUGAGGAAUGCUGCUGGCAACUUUUACAUCAAUGACAAGUCUACUGGGUCUGUGGUGGGCCAGCAGCCCUUUGGGGGUGCCCGGGCCUCUGGAACCAAUGACAAACCAGGAGGCCCCCACUACAUCCUGCGCUGGACAUCACCCCAGGUCAUCAAGGAGACUCAUAAGCCUCUGGGGGAUUGGCGAUACUCCUACAUGCAGUGAGCCCCGCCCAGCACCUGUCCUGUCCACUUGUCUGUCCGUCCAGAUGACUGACAUCUCAGCACUGACCCCCUUGCUCUCCACCAGCUCCUUCUGGACUCUCUACAACGGAGCUUGACCCUGUCCUGGCCACUGGGCUGAUUUCCUUUCCUUGGAGUCGGGUGGCCAGGCUUUGGCUUUGGGUCAUACUGGGGAGAAACAUCUAGUUCACCCAGAAAUCUCAUCCGCUGUGGAACACCCUGGUGCCUGGCAGGUUCUUUACCUGUCUGCUUUACUCUCCUC